AUGUCCUCCAUUUCUGCAAGAGCUCCCGUCUUCUUUAUAUCCCACGGCGGUCCCAACUUGCUCGAGCAUCAAGGGCGUCCAGGAGAAUUCUAUAACUGGUUCGGAAAUGUAUUGAAGAACCAGCUCAAGCCAAAAGCGAUCGUCAUCAUUAGCGCUCACUGGCAGGGCAACGGAAAAAACGGUGUCUACGUGGAUUCAUCGGAAAAACCAAAGUUGAUUUACGACUUUUAUAAUUUCCCGAAACGAUACUAUGAAGAAACAUGGGAUCAUCAAGGCUCGCCUUCUGUUGCAGCUCGUGUAAUUGAUUUGCUCAACCAGUCGGGAUUCAAAGCGGAAGCACAAGAGUACGGCAAUGAUCAUGGUGUGUGGGUGCCCUUGAAGCGAGCCAUGCAAUCCAAUAAAGACAUUCCUAUUGUUGAAGUAUCCACAUUGGCGGACGAGGAUAUGCCUUCUCACAUCAAGAUGGGAGAAGCCCUCCAGCCACUUCGCGACGAAGGUGUGGUCAUCAUCGGCAGCGGCAGUGCUGUACACAACUUGCGCCAGUUGUGGAGUUACGGCAACCGACCUUCGCCAAAGUUUGUAAUCGACUUUGAUCGAGAGAUGGAGGCACACGCUUGCACUUUAACGGGCGAGUCUCGCAAUGCAGCCGCCAACACACUUUGCAAACACCCUUCGUUCCGUGAUUGUCAUCCUACGGCUGAACACCUUGUGCCUUUCCAUGUCGCUUUAGGUGCAGCAGGUGAUGACCAAGGACAGCGGCUGUUGGAGGAUUACUAUGCCACCUUGAGCUGGGGAUCAUUUGGCUUUGGUUUGCCAUCCAAUCUUUCGUUACCAAAGUAUGACACACAUGUAUUACACAGUGAACUGUAA